ACGGCUGCCAUCCUCACACCGACUCUCCCGCUCCCGUCUCACCAUGGACGCGCUCUAAUAAGGAGCACCCACGUCCCACCUCGCCGCAGAUCCGGAAUCCGAACCACGACGGAGAGGAGUAAUGAUGGAAUAUUGGCGGCAAUGCGCGCUGUGGCUGAUCCACUGCAAGGUGCUCCCGGCCAACCACCGGGUGACGUGGGAGACCGCGCAGGUAUUCGACCUGGCCCAGACUCUCCGGGAUGGAGUCCUGCUCUGCCAUCUGCUCAACAACCUCCAGCCGCACUCCAUCAACCUCAAGGAGAUCAACCUGCGACCUCAAAUGUCCCAGUUCCUGUGCCUGAAGAACAUCAGGACUUUCCUGACAGCGUGCAGCUACACAUUCGGCAUGAAGAAGAGCGAGCUGUUCGAGGCGUUCGACCUGUUUGACGUCAGAGACUUCGGGAAGGUGAUGGACACUCUGUCCAAGCUGUCCCACACUCUGCCAGCACAGGAGAGUGGAAUAAGGCCUUUCCCCACUGAAGAGAGUGUUGAAGACCAGGACAUCUACAACCACCUGGAGGACCUGAUAGAUGAGAACGGGGUGGACGACGAGGAGGACCUUUACGACUGCGUGUAUGACGAUGAAACUGGCGGUGAAAUCUACGAGGACCUGAUGAAAACGGAAGCCCAUCCUCCCCCGGUGUUCCAGAAACAAGCUGAGAUUGACAUCAGGAGUUGCUGUUUGACAGAAAUCAAGCAGACCGAGGAGAAAUUCACUGAUACCCUGGAUUCUAUAGAGAAGAACUUUAUGACGCCUCUCACUGUGUUUUUAUCCACCACCGAGAUGGAGAAAGUGUUUGUGAAUAUCCCGGACCUGGUCAAAGUACACAAAUGUUUACUGCAGGAAAUCCAAGACUCAGUCCAACACAGAAGUGCCCAAAACCUUUACCAGAUCUUUAUAACGUUCAAAGAAAGGUUGCUUAUUUAUGGGAAAUACUGCAGCGACGUGGAGACGGCCAUCGCCACCCUGGACAACAUAUGCAAGGACAGAGAGGAUGUCCGCAUGAAGCUGGAGGAGUGUUCCAAGAGAGCCAACUACGGCAAGUUCACCCUGAGGGACCUGCUGGUGGUCCCCAUGCAGCGGGUGUUGAAGUACCACCUCCUGCUGCAGGAGCUGGUUAAACACACCCAUGAUGCCGGAGACAAGAGCAACCUGCGGAAGGCUUUGGACGCCAUGAAGGACUUGGCCCAGUACGUCAAUGAAGUCAAGAGAGACAACGAGACGCUGCGGGAAAUAGACCAGUAUCAGAAAUCCAUUGAAAACCUGAACCAACCUCUGAGUAACUACGGGAGACCCAAAGGGGACGGCGAAGUGCGGGUGUCCUCGGUGGACAAACGAGCGAAACAGGACAGGCAUAUAUUCCUGUUCGAUGCGGCGGUCAUUGUCUGCAAGCGGCGAGGCGACAACUACGAGAUGAAAGACGUGAUUGACUUGCACCUCUUCAAGAUCACCAACAACCCCACGUCGGACAAGGAGAACCGCAAGUGGUCCCACGGAUUCUACCUCACGCACAACCAGGGCCAGAAUGGCUUUGAGUUCUUCUUCAAGACCAAAGAGCUGAAAAAGAAGUGGCUGGAGCAGUUUGGCAUGGCCAUAUCCAACAUCCGUCCUGAGAAUGCCGCCAACAAUUUCCACGAGUUCCACAUGCACACUUUUGAAAGGAUCACCUCCUGCAAUUCUUGCCACAUGCUGCUCAGGGGUGUGUUCAACCAGGGCUAUCUGUGCUCCAAGUGUGGCUUAGGGGCCCAUAAAGAGUGCCUGGGCCGCCUGGGCUGCUGUGGGAAAACAGAUCCCGGCGGCGUCAGAACUCAGGUUAAAGACCGAGAUCCAGGUCUCCCCAAGAUGCUGGUCAUCAGGAACUACUUUGGCGUGCCCAGCCCGACGUCCGGCCCGGCGCUCAGCAUCCAGACGGGCGACAUCAUCGAAUUAAUCUGUGCCGACCUUCACAGCCCCUGGUGGCAGGGCAAAAUCCUGUCGUCGAAAGAAGUGGGCUUCUUUCCAAGCGACGCCGUGAAGCCCUGCCCUUGUGUCCCAAAGCCCAUCGAUUACUCCUCUCAACCGUGGUUUGCUGGGCCGAUGGAGAGACUCCAGGCAGAGGCGGAACUCAUCAACCGAGUCAACAGCACCUACUUGGUUCGCCAUCGCAGCAGAGAGUACACGGAGUACGCCAUCAGUAUCAAGUACAACAACGACGUGAAGCACAUAAAGAUUCUGACCAAGGAGGGCUGCUUCCACAUCGCCGAGAAUAAGAAGUUUAGGAGCCUAUUUGAACUAAUCGAGUACUACAAGCACCACUCCCUCAAAGAAGGAUUUAGAAGUCUGGACACCACGCUGCAGUAUCCGUACCGGGAGCUGGAGAACUCCACAAUGCACCGAUUGAACCGCUCCGGUGGCAACACCCCAUUGCUCUGCGGCCUCUCUAUUGUAACCCCCGCCGGCUACAGCUUUGUACCUCCUUCCUCUGCUCCCUUUUGGUCAGUGUUUACGCCCAAGGUGAUCGGCGUGGCCAUCGCCCGCUACGACUUCAGCUCGCGUGACACGCGAGAACUCUCGCUGCAGGAGGGCGACGUGGUGAAGAUCUACACCAAGUCUGGAGCCAACGGGUGGUGGAGGGGCGAGGUCAACGGCAGGAUCGGCUGGUUCCCGUCCACGUACGUAGAAGAAGGUGAGGAGUGAACGCCUCGGCGAGGAGAAGAACGUCGACCAAUCAGCUGAGAGCUAGCGAGGCCUUGUUGCUUUCACUCCUCCAGAGGCCUUCAGGAGCACAACAACAAAAAAAAAAAAAGGGAAGACCAAAAGGGCUCCGCUAAAGUAACGCCGUGGUCUGCAGGCAGCAGCUUGCCUGUCAGCGGGGCCGGAGCGCUCGCCAGACUUCCUCGCCUCGCCAUCCAUAAUUUUCCCGCCUCUUUCUGCCUAACCCUCCCCGCCUCACCGUUUUUUUUUUGCCGCCAACUUGGCUCCUGGAAUAUUUCUCACAGGUUCCACUUGUCCUGUGUGGUAUUGAUGACUCACGGCAGCCCCGCCCCCGCCAGAUUGCCACCGCGGCGGUCUCAUGCAGGAUACGUCCAGAUAAAGACGCCGUGCGCGCGAUUGAUGGCCGUCGUCCCGCUUUUCGCCCCCCUCGCCGCUCACAUUCCUUAUCUCCGCGGCGGACUCUAGUGUUUUGGCUGCUGAGUGAUCCCUGGCUUAUCGCCCGCCACUCCGGCGGCGGGAGCCCGUCCGCGGGGAAGGCGUUAUCUAACCGGGAGGUAUUUUACGGUCUGACCCGUCCCCGUCAUAUGCAACAAUCUGUUAUUUAAAAUCUUAGUUUUUCUUAUUUUGUGCCCCCGUUUAAACCAUUUUUAUUCCUGAGCAAAAAGCUGCAUAAACAGAAUUGUACAUUUUAAAGUACAGUACAGUACAGUAAAGGCCAAAAGAUUGGACACACCCUCUCAUUCAAUACGUUUUCUUUAUUUACAUUAUAGAUUGUCACAUUGUUAGGUUCAAAAACUGAUAAAAAUCUAUUAAACAAGACAAGCAGAAAGGAAUUAAACAGAGACGGAGUUAAGUUUGGCUCAAUGAGGAGAAACGUGUACACCUGUACGCUUGUCACCAGGCUCUGAUGAAAGAUUGUACGCCUCCCCCUUGAUUUGGACUUUCCCUGAUUACAUGGCAACAGCUGUUUCUAAAGGAGGGGGGGGUCGUAAACAGACUGAAAAGUAACCACCACAAUAGACACUAGGAAGGAUGUACACCGAGAUUAAAGAGCAUUAA